AUGAUGAAUACUUACCAUCUUUAUUGUCCACAUUGUAAUUGUAAAAUUAUUAGAGCUCAUAUGGGUCAAUUGAUUUCAGAUCAUCCAUUAGAAUUACCACUCUCUACUCUUUCCGAUACUAAAAUAUACAAUGAAUGGUGUUUAGUGAAUGAUAUGUAUGAUUUUGAGAAUAUUGCAUUUACAAAUACUAUGAUGGAUACAAGUAAUGUCAAUUUGAAUUAUGAAAGUAAUCAUGACAAUACUAAUAGUAAUACUAAUAAUAAUAUCAAUACUAAUAAUAAUAUCAAUCCUAUGAAUACCAUCCGAUAUUUAACUUGUGCUGAUUGUGAAAAACAAGUGAUUGGAAUUGCAUGGAUGAAUGAAAAGAAAUACUAUGUUGCCAUGGAUUUAUUAAAGAAACAACAAGUGAAUAUAUAA